GGCCCCCUCCUCCUCUUCCCGCCAAAACCAGCAUUCGCGCCCGCCAAAAGCCCUAGGCCCCUUUCUUCCCCUCUCUUCCUCUAAUCCCAUCCAUCUCUCUCUCUCUCUCUCUCUCUCUCUCUCUCUCGUUUGGUAGCUCUGAGGCAUGAAGAAUCUCGACUUCAAUGCCGACAAAGCCCUUGCCAAGGAUUUUCUCAGCAACUUCGCCGACGCCCUCGGCGAGCCCAAGUACCUCAAGCUCCUCCAAGAUGUCUCCAACCGCAAGUUCCGCGCCGUCCAGAUCGAACUCGACGACCUCUUCAAUUACAAGGAUCUGGAUGAGGAGUUCUUGCAGCGGGUCACGGAGAACACCCGGCGCUACAUCAGCAUCUUCGCUGAGGCCAUCGACGAGCUCAUGCCGGAGCCGACCGAGGUGUUUCCGGUGGAUGAGGAUCGUGACAUCUUGAUGACGCAGAGAGUGGAUGAUGGGACGGAUAGUGCUGAUAACACUGACCCGCUUCAAAAGAUGCCUUCGGAAAUCAAGCGGUUCUUUGAAGUCUACAUCAAGGCAUUCUCCAAGGGAACCCCACUGACCAUAAGACAAGUCAAAGCAUCCAAUAUUGGCCAACUUGUAAAGAUUUCUGGCAUUAUAACACGCUGCUCAGAUGUUAAGCCCUUGAUGCAAGUUGCUGUUUAUACAUGUGAAGACUGUGGCUUUGAAAUUUAUCAGGAAGUGACUGCUCGAGUAUUUAUGCCCCUAUUUGAGUGCCCGUCAAGCCGCUGCAAAAUAAAUAAGGCAAAGGGGAACCUUAUCCUUCAGCUUAGAGCAUCAAAGUUUCUGAAAUUUCAAGAGGCAAGGAUUCAGGAGUUAGCAGAACAUGUUCCAAAGGGCCACAUUCCACGGUCUUUAACUGUUCAUCUCAGAGGAGAGCUUACUAGAAAGGUUGCCCCAGGUGAUGUGGUUGAGUUGUCGGGGAUUUUCCUUCCAAUUCCUUACACUGGAUUCAGAGCAAUGCGUGCAGGCUUGGUUGCAGAUACAUAUUUGGAAGCCAUGUCCAUUACCCAAUUCAAGAAAAAAUAUGAAGAAUAUGAACUUAAAGAUGAUGAGCAGGAGAAAAUUGAACGUCUCGCUGAGGAUGGUGAUAUAUAUAAUAAGUUGGCAAAGUCGUUAGCACCUGAAAUAUUUGGCCAUGAAGAUGUUAAAAAAGCUCUUCUACUACUACUUGUGGGUGCCCCUCAUCGAAAACUCUCGGAUGGUAUGAAGAUCAGAGGGGACCUGCACGUUUGUUUAAUGGGAGAUCCUGGGGUUGCAAAAAGUCAGCUACUUAAACACAUUAUUAAUGUUGCACCAAGGGGAGUGUAUACUACAGGUCGAGGAAGCAGUGGAGUUGGUCUAACUGCAGCUGUCCAGAAAGAUCCUGUCACAAAUGAGAUGGUUCUUGAAGGAGGAGCACUGGUACUGGCAGAUAUGGGAAUAUGUGCAAUUGAUGAGUUCGAUAAGAUGGAAGAAUCAGAUAGAACUGCAAUCCAUGAAGUGAUGGAGCAGCAAACUGUUAGCAUAGCAAAAGCUGGCAUCACUACGUCUCUCAAUGCAAGAACAGCUGUUCUUGCUGCUGCCAAUCCUGCUUGGGGAAGAUAUGAUCUUCGGAGGACUCCAGCUGAAAAUAUUAAUCUUCCUCCAGCUCUUUUGUCACGUUUUGACCUCCUAUGGCUUAUUCUGGAUCGAGCAGACAUGGAUAGUGACCUUGAAAUGGCAAGACAUGUGGUCCACGUGCAUCAAAAUCUUGAAUCUCCUUCACUUGGAUUCACACCACUUGAACCAUCUGUUCUGAGAGCAUAUAUCUCAGCUGCACGAAGAAUAGUUCCUUCUGUCCCAAGGGAACUUGAGGAGUAUAUUGCUACUGCAUAUUCUAGCAUCCGCCAAGAUGAAGCUAAAUCAAAUGCACCACACUCUUAUACAACUGUCAGAACGCUUCUCAGCAUUCUGCGGAUAUCUAUUGCAUUAGCAAGGCUUCGAUUUUCUGAAACAGUAGCUCAGAGUGAUGUGGAUGAGGCACUGCGUUUGAUGCAGAUGUCAAAGUUCUCAUUAUACUCAGAUGAUCGCCAAAGAUCUGGUUUAGAUGCCAUCUCUGAUAUCUAUUCAAUCUUACGAGAUGAGGCUGCCAGGACAAACAGCAUGGAUGUAAGCUAUGCUCAUGCUCUCAACUGGAUAUCCAGAAAGGGUUAUAGCGAAGCUCAGCUAAAGGAGUGCUUAGAAGAAUAUGCUGCCUUGAACGUGUGGCAGAUCCACCCCAACACCUUUGACAUCCAUUUUAUCGAUGCCUGAUUUUUGGCGCAUCAUGUACCACAUGGCAUGAUGCCUCAUAUAUCUCAAGAGCCAUUAUGGAAGUCUAGAAAUUUUAGUCCAGGAAAUGGAUUUCCAAUCUGCUGGCCCUUGAGUCAAUCUGGAGAGCUCAGCUAUCAUGGAAGCCAAACAUGUGAAAACUAAUUUCUUUUGUGAUGUACGGAGCCGUUUCAGCUGAUGCUGGAAACGUUCAAAUGUGUUAUUAACCUUUCCACAAAUGCAGCAUUAGUGUAUUUUAAGUGACAGUCGUGAUAUUUAUGAUGUUUGAUCUGGUGCUGAUAUGUUGAGGAUAGUAUAUUAUUUGUCAAACUUCGUUGUGGUCAUGUUGUAUGAGAGCAACACUGUCAAGAUAAAUAUUUUUACCAAUAUAAAUUGGAUGUCUCUGCUGUAACUACAA